CUUUCGAACUCGACCUUCGGGAGAAAACAUAGAGAGGACAAAACACUCGUGUGUUUUUCGUCCUCUUUAUGUUUUAAUUUUUCUGUUAUCUGGUAUACUUUACGGACAGGCUCGUUAGGAAUAUAAUCCUUAGUUUAAAUCCGCAACUUUUCCUUGGUAUUUAGCGCUUUUUGACGGGGAAAAACUACCAAUGUUAAACAAGUGAAACAACGUUGGGCGCCGCCAGGUGGCUCUCUCUCUUUUCAAAUCGCUGCUGAGAUGAGCGACAAGGCGAAAGCUCCGAAGAAGGCGGCGGCCGCGGCAGCCCCCGACGCCAAGAAGGCGGUCGUCCCGGGGGUGUCGAAGAACCACAAGCUGCCUGGAGGCGUCUGGCUCUUCUCCCGGUCCAAGAUGUUCCACAAGCGGGGCCUGUUUAAGGUGAAGCACGCCCCUCCGACCAAGGAGAAGAGGAAGCGCAAGAAAAGGGUCACCGUCAAGCGGGUCAAGGGAGAGAAGAACGGCGGCAAGCGGGUGCUGCCCCUUAAGAAGGAGCGGCGCUCCUACCCGACGGAGGACAGUCCCCAGCACAAGCGCACCUCCCACAUGAAGCCCUCGUCGAGGACCCGCGUGGCCCUGCGCAAGAGGAUCACCCCCGGCACUGUGCUCAUUCUGCUGGCUGGACCCCACCGCGGAAAGCGUGUGGUGUUCCUGAAGCAGCUGAAAACAGGCCUGCUGCUAGUGACGGGGCCCUACGGGGUGAACGGUUGCCCCCUGCGGCGCAUCAACCAGAUCUAUGUGAUUGCCACGAGCACGAAGCUGGACCUGAGCAAGGUGAAGCUGCCCGAGGGCCUGGACGACCGCUACUUCAAGCGCAACAAGGGCCCCAAGAGGGGACGCAAGGACGAGGGAGAGAUCUUCGAGGCCAAGCCGCAGGAGCAUGUGGUGAGUGAGGAGCACAAGAAGACACAGGCGGAGGUGGACAAGCAGGUGCUGGAGGCGGUGAAGGCCCACCCGGAGAAGAAGAUGCUACUCCACUACCUGGCAGCCACCUUCUCCCUGCGAAACCGCAUGUACCCGCACAAGAUGAAGUUCUGAGCGGGCCGCCAGCGUGUACAUACCACCGAAGGACAGUGGGAACCCAAUAAAUGAGGCCCGGGAGGGAGACCCCAA